CAUUUCUAAGCCGCGUUUUCCUUUACUUUGAUUCUUCAACACUCCCAAAUCAUAAACCCCUCUCCCUUAAAGCUUCUUGAAACCUCACAACAUUAUACAAAUCUUGAACACAAAAAACCACCAUUGUUUACUCUCUAAAAAACCAUGAAAGCAUAUUCAACCACACCAUUUCUAUGGCCAUUCUUGAUCAAAAAACUCACCUUUUCUUUUCUUUAGUAUUUCUUUGCUUUCUCAUUUCCUUUUCACCCAUUUCUUCACUUUCAACUGUUUCCAUUUCAAAAACUUCUAACCAAACAUUAAUUUGUGCAUUGAUUUCCUCCUCCUCCUCAUUUCCUCAACAAUCUUCUCUCAAUUGUACUAGUUUUCCUCAAGGAAUUCAAAUCCCUUUAAAUCCUUCAGUUUCCUUUUCUGGAAUUGUAGGUGGGAAUGGUUUCCUUUGUGGGUUGACUUCAUCUUACUCUUCUUCUACUUCAAUCAUGGUAUGUUGGAGAUUCUCAAACAAUGGUACUAACUUGUCUUACAAAAGGAUUUAUCUUGGUCCAUUGAUCACAAAUCUUGAUUCUGGAAAUUCCCACAUUUGUGGAAUUGUUAAUAAUAGGCUUGAAUGUUGGCAGUGGCAUGAAUUUAAUUCAUCAAACAGAAGUUUGAUGAGUUCAAAUCUUGCUGUUGGAGAAGAUUUUGUUUGUGGUUUGUUGGAAUUUGGUGAAAUCCAAUGUUUAGGAAGUUUCAGAAAUGUCACUGAUGCUAUUCCUUCAGGGAAUUAUAGUGAAAUUGCAUCUGGUUCUCAACAUGUUUGUGCUAUUUCCAAGAAUAAUAGUUUGAUUUGUUGGGGAAAUAUGGUAGGAGAAAAGCCUAUUGGCCAAUUCAAAUCACUUGCUUUAGGUGAUAAUAGGAGUUGUGCUUUGAGGAUUAAUGGGACAGUUGUUUGUUGGGGAGAAACUGGUUUUAGUCUGCCUUCAUCUUUGAGUGAGGAAUUUUUUGAAACAUUGGAAGCAAAACAAGACAUUUUCUGUGGUAUUGUGACCUCAAAUUAUUCAUUGUUUUGUUGGGGCAAUGACAUUUUCAAUUCAAAUCCAGUAGUUUUUAAUGGUGUACAAGUAGUUCCGGGACCAUGUACUACUUCAUGUCCUUGUGUACCUUUACCUAAUUAUGAGACAUUUUGUGGUGAGGGACUAAUGAUAUGUACCCAUUGUGUUUGGCAAGAAUCCGGUGUGAAUCCACCAAUCGUUAACGGGUCGGGUCCUGCACCACCACCAUUGCCCCCACAGCCAAUGCCACCGUCAACGCCAUCUCAAACGAGUGGAAGAAGCGAUCCAUGGAGUAGGAGGAAUGUGGCAUUUCUAGUGGUAGGUUGUAUUGGAUCCUUAAUGAUGUUGAGUGUCCUUGUUAUCUUGUUUUUCAAGUAUUGCAAGAUCAGAGGAUGCAGAGUACACGACUCUGGCCGCCUUGAUGAGGCGGGGUCACCGCCCCAGCAAGGCAGCCAGACGUCUGGAGUUCAAGAUCAACAAGGUACACCUCAACCACCGGUCUUGAAAAAAAGACUUAGUCAAUUGAUUAGUAUAGGGAAUGGGGGUCACCUAGAAGAAUUUUCCUUGCAAGUGUUACUUCAAGUGACUAAGAAUUUCUCCGACGAGCACAAAAUUGGGAGUGGAAGUUUUGGAUCUGUAUAUCAUGCUAGAUUAGAAGAUGGGCGCGAAGUAGCCAUAAAAAGAGCUGAAGCUUCAGCCUCAUCUUCCUAUGCUGGUGGCACAAAGUAUAGACAAGAGGACAAGGACAAUGCAUUCCUCAAUGAGCUAGAGUUUUUGUCGCGCCUCAAUCACAAAAACCUUGUUAGGCUAUUAGGGUAUUGUGAAGAUAACAAUGAACGUGUCUUGAUUUUCGAGUACAUGAACAAUGGCACUCUCCAUGACCAUCUCCACAGGCUCGAAAGCUCUCCACUAAUGUCAUGGCCAGGUAGGAUCAAGGUGGCAUUGGACGCGGCACGUGGCAUUGAGUACCUGCACGAGUACGCAGUGCCACCUGUCAUCCAUCGUGACAUCAAGUCAUCCAACAUAUUGCUCGAUGCCACGUGGAAUGCCAAGGUGUCCGACUUUGGAUUGUCCUUAAUGGGGCCUCAAGAUGACGAAACACACCUUUCUAUGCGCGCUGCUGGCACGGUCGGUUACAUGGACCCCGAGUACUACAGACUGCAACAACUGACGACAAAAAGUGAUGUGUAUAGUUUCGGAGUAAUGUUGCUAGAGUUGUUGUCGGGUUACAAGGCAAUUCACAAGAAUGAGAAUAGGGUACCAAGAAAUGUGGUUGAUUUUGUUGUACCAUACAUAGUACAAGAUGAGAUUCAUAGGGUAUUGGAUCAUAGAGUUCCACCACCAACACCUUUUGAAAUUGAGUCUGUGGCAUAUGUAGGUUAUUUAGCAGCAGAUUGUACCACAUUAGAAGGUAGAGAUCGUCCAACUAUGACUCAAGUUGUAAAUACACUAGAAAGAGCCUUGAAGGCAUGUUUGGCUACUCCAAUUUUCUCUCGGUCUAACACCGAUGAUUCGUCCACAUAGGCAGCAUGCUUUGACACGUGUAUAUUGUAAUUACACAUUUUUCUUAUUUUCCUAUAUAUAUAUAUAUAUUUAAAUUAUUGGAAAAAUGUAUGAUCCAUAUUUUAACUAGAAGGAUUAACUCAGAUA